AGCCCUCCGUUGGCUCAUGGCUGUCCCGCCCUGCUGCUGCUUGUGUGGUGGAGACGGCUUCGCCCGCAUGCCUUCCUCACUCUCCUGCUGCCCUUCUCCCUUUUCUACAUCCAUCACCCCGCAUGUCUAUCUGCGUGUACUUGCCGUGAAGCUCAAGUUAGUUGGUCCGCUGAAGCGUCCGCCGGCGUUCUUAAGCUUUGGUUGGUGACAGUGGUCAUUGUAGUUAUUGUCGUCGUCGUCACGGUGUUCGUAGGAGAUUGUUUGGCUGGUGUCUUUGUUUUCUGAAGCUUGGGGAACGGCAACCCGCGGGUUCUGUAUUGACAGGGACGGAUGGCAACCGCGAGGUCAACCGGGUCUCCGAUGUCCUCCGCGGAGCUGGUUAGAUUGAAUUGGUCCUCUUCGUCGAUCAAUGGAAAUGGCGCGGAUAGGUUCCUACAUACUUCGAAUUUUACGAGAUCGAGCGUGAGUUGCCCCCGUGUUGCACAGCCCAGGGCGAUGGGCAACAAAAACGAAGGCAAAGGGAUUUUUGCACCGCUUGUUGUGGUGACGAGGAACGUCAUGGGGAAAAAAGAGUUUAACCAGCUUCGUGGCAAGGCCAUUGCGUUGCAUUCGCAGGUUAUCGGAGAGUUCUGUAAGACUAUCGGUGCUGACAGCAAGCAGAAGCAAGGAUUGAUCAGACUUGCGAAGAAGAAUGGGGAAAAACUGGGCUUUCUUGCGUAAUCUUGCAGCGUGGAGACUCCACAAUCUCUCAUUAGGAUUAAGAGUAGAAUCAGAUGAAAUUUUUAGAGGCUGCUUUAAUUGGCAGUGCAUGUAUCACCAACUCAUUGUAUUUCCUUCUUUUCGCGGAGGGUGGGUCUGUCUUGUGAUCAAGGCUCUCAUGUAGUAGCACCAUGCUACGCACUGCCGAUUCGCAUCAAAUCCUGGUAGGGAGAUUGUCCGACUGAUUAUACGAUACCUGAAACAAGCUAUGUUUUCCAUCUUCGGAGGGGAGGGUUAGUCAUGUACUCUUAGAUUGUUUACGCAGCUUAUGUCCAAUUUUUGCCCAACGGCGCGAGCAAGAGCUCCCAUUCCAUAAACCAUUUCAGUGAUUAUCAAUACUUAUUCAAAACUUUCCGGAAA